AUGACCGCGUCACCCCCGCCCAGCUCUUCGAUUGCCGUCAUUGGCGCCGGCUUGACGGGCCUUUCCAUCACUUUGUCCCUUUUGCACCACCAGCUCUCCGACCCUUCCAACAUCACCGUCUACGACUUCCGCCGCGCCGACACCCCCGACCCGGCCAACUCAUCCGGCGUGGUCCUCACGCCCAACGGUCUGCGCGUGCUCGACUCACUGGGUGUCCUCGCGCAGAUCUCGUCGAGAUGCUGGCUCUCCGAGUAUCGCACGUACAAGAACGAACGUGACGAGACGACCCGAAAGACACUCAUCACCAACGAGGCACUCUACGGGUACAAGAACCACCGGUUAUGGCGGCGAAUCUUGGUGGAAACGAUGCUGGGCAUGGUGAGGGAGCGAGGCGUCAGGGUGUGUUGGGGGGCGAGGUUCGAAGGUGUAGUGAACGAAGACGAAGGCGGUGUCAGUUUCAAGGUCGGCGGGCGGGUUGAAUCAGUUGGAAUGUUGAUCGGAGCCGAUGGGAUUCACUCUUCGGUGAGGAAAUAUGUCAGUCCAGACGAUCCCGGUCCCGAGUACACGGGAGUCGCAGGUGUCCUGAGCCAUAUUCCCUGGAACUCCGUUGAGUGGCCGUACGAGAACUACGAGCGCGCAUGCACGAUUCAGGGAAAGCCGGGAGCAUUGGUCCUGAUGCCUGAAGACCGAGAAGGAAGCAUGGUCAUGGUUGCAAUGCAGGUCAGAAUGGAAGACCGUAGCCGUGAGGUGUGGGAAGCGCUUGCGCAGGACAAAGAGUUUCUGCGUGAUUUCUAUCUAAACACUCGAGACAAAUGGGAGAGCUCAACAGCAAAGGGGAUCAUUGACGCUGUCUGUCGAUAUGUCGACACAACCUUUCUGUGGCCCUUCAUGCGAAUGGCACCGUUGAAAAAAUGGUAUUCGGAAAAAGCUGGCAGGGUCCUGAUCAUGGGCGAUGCCGCUCACGCAUUGCCCCCAAGCAGUGGCCAGGGUGUGAAUCAGGCCUUGGAGGACGUGUACGUUCUGACGCGGUUGCUGCUUUUACUCAAGUCGAGGCCGACACUGGAGCUCAAGAAUGUAUUGGCGUUCUGGCAAUCCCUGCGUCAGGCACGUGUGGAUGCAGUCUUUGACUGGGCAACAAACAAGACCAAUGUCCAGCGAUUACCCAUGGCGGACAGAGAGAAGCUCGUGCGCGAGGGGAAGGUGGUAGAUGCGAGUAGUGUUGACAACUUUGACGACAUGCGGUGGCUCUAUCAGCCCGACACUGACAAUAUUAUUGACACAUGGAUAGUCCAUCAGGUAUGA